AUGGUUGGGGCAGAACUUGGCAUCCUGUGUCUCUUUGAAUGGCGGCUCCAGGAACAAUGCUGCUUCCUGUGGGUGUCCGCACCCCCUCGCCAGCCCUGCUGCCCUCACCGCCCUGACCCACCUCCUUUGGAGAAGUUGGGUGCGGCAGGCGGCACGCGCUGGGCGGGCCGGCGGAGGAACGAACAUUCCUUCCCGUGUGCCGACUGGCCCAGGCGGGCGCCGGCAGCUCCUUGCCCCGCCCUGGCGCGCCCCCUCCUCUUCCACCGAGCCAUCCUGGCAGAAGGCUCAAGACUCUGCUUUUCCUUCCAGACAUUCAUCUUCACUGACGGGGAGGAUGAAGCCCUGGCCAGGCUCACGGGCAACGUGGUUCUCACCAACUGCUCGGCGGCCCACAGCCGCCAGGCUCUGUCCUGUAAGAUGUCAGUAGAGUACGACCACUUCAUCGAGUCCGGGAGGAAAUGGUUCUGUCACGUCGACGAUGACAACUAUGUCAAUCUGAGAGCUCUGCUCCGGCUGCUGGCCAGCUACCCGCACACUCAGGACGUCUACAUCGGCAAACCCAGCCUGAACCGGCCCAUCCAAGCCACUGAGCGCAUCAGCGAGAACAAGGUGCGACCCGUGCACUUCUGGUUUGCCACCGGUGGGGCUGGCUUCUGCAUCAGCCGAGGGCUGGCCCUCAAGAUGGGUCCCUGGGCCAGUGGGGGCCACUUCAUGAACACCGCCGAGAGGAUCCGGCUCCCUGAUGACUGCACCAUCGGCUACAUCGUGGAGGCCCUGCUGGGCGUCUCCCUCAUCCGCAGUGGCCUCUUCCAUUCCCACCUGGAGAACCUGCAGCAGGUGCCCGCCUCCGAGCUCCAUGAGCAGGUGACACUGAGCUAUGGCACAUUUGAAAACAAGCGGAAUGCCGUGCUGGUGAAGGGCCCCUUCUCUGUGGAGGCCGACCCAUCCAGGUUCCGCUCCAUCCACUGCCACCUGUAUCCGGACACACCCUGGUGUCCCCGCACUGCCGUCUUCUAGCAGCCAUGGCUGAGACCCUGUCCCUGGUCGCCCCUGGUAUCCAAAGGGCUCAGGGACCCCUGUCAUGCACCCUGGCCUUGGCAUUCGAGGCUCCUCGGGGCUGCGUUUAUAUAUAUAUAUGUAUGUAUGUGUAUGUGUGUGUGUCGUGUGCCACCCUGUGUGGCAGACUGCUGGGCAGUCCUGUUCCACAGGAAGCGGCUGAAGUGCCCCUUGCCAGCCUUUCCACGUUCCGAGGGUCACUCUGAGGGGAGUUCUGUUACUACGGUGUUUGGAUCUCUACAGUGGGGGCUCAGGGCUCCUCGCAGGGGUUCACAGGAGCACUCUUGCAGCGCAGUCUUUGCUGGGGUACCCAGCUCCUGGAUCCUGUCCUACUGAGAGCCCCCGUUCAGCUGAGCCCUGCCUAGUGCCUGAGAAGCUGGUUUGAGGGGGUUGAGAGAUCCAGGCCCCCUGCUCCUAUGAGCUCUGGGUGCUGUGACUUUAUGACAGAGGUCCCUGCCUAGUUCCAGGGGCCACCUGUGCAUCCCCCAGUGACCAUUCAGGUGGUGAACAGUACUGCCCUCACCUGUAGGGGUUCUUCUUGGCCCCCCCUCAAGGUCCUGCCUUUGUCUCCCCACAACCUGGGGAGUCAGAGCUGAACAUUUUAUUCUCCUCUCCGAAGUAGAGAGAAAGUCGCCCAUAGUGGGUGUGUCUGUAAAUAUUGUGACAGUAUUUUUUUACUGUGCUGCUUUUUGA